AUGUCGCAGUGCGGCAUGACCGACAACAGCACCAAUGCCGCAAACCAGGCGUGGCCGACGCCGCAGGCCGCCGUAGCGCCGCCGAAGCUGUCGACAUCAUCGAAGAAGAAGAAGCAAAAGAUUGUACAAGAGGUCAUCAUGAGCCUGGGCGCCGACUCGUCUCAGGAGCAUCAGGGGGCUGCGUGGACAAAGCCACAUCAAGUUGGCUCCGAGGUCAUGACGCCGGCGCAGCAGUUUGCCGAGUUCCAGCGCAUCCAAAAGAACACGCGAAGCCUUGGCUCGCGCGUCGAGCGGCGAUAUGUCCCGACGGAGCUCAUCAGCAACCCGCCAGCGCCCGAAGACGUGACUCUGGAGCUGCUCAUGGCGUCGCAGACGCACAUGGGCCACAACACGUCGCUGUGGAACCCGGCAAACUCGCGGUACAUCUACGGUGUGCGCCAGGGAAUUCAUGUCAUUUCCCUGGAGACGACAGCGGCGCAUCUGCGGCGGGCGGCCCGCGUGGUCGAGGAGGUUGCUUACCGGGGCGGCGUUACCCUCUUCGUCGGCACGCGAAAGGGCCAGAUGGAGAUUGUGACCAAGGCGGCUGAGAUGGCUGGCGCGUGCCACUUGUUCACUAAGUGGACGCCGGGCGCGAUCACGAAUCGAGACGUGAUCCUCAAGACGCAGGGCACAAAGGUGGUGGACCACCUGGACGGCGAACUCGACGGGUUCGACAUGUACAAGGGCAUGGCGAGGCCGCUGCUGCCGGACCUUGUGGUGUGCCUGAACCCGCUCGAGAACUACACGAUGCUUUACGAGUGCGGUCUCAAGAACAUUCCCACGAUCGGCGUCAUCGACACCAACGUUGAUCCGUCUUGGGUCACGUACACGAUCCCUGCCAACGACGACAGUCUGCGAGCCAUGGCCGUUGUGGCUGGAGUUCUCGGCAGGGCUGGCGAGAAGGGCCAGAAGAGGAGGUUGGCCGACGCCGCUCGGGGUAGCGUCUCGUGGAGCACGUCGCCCGAGCUGACGCGGCACAUGAAGAAGGAGGUGCAGGCGGCGGUGCUGAAGCGCAAGGAGGUCAUGGGCCGGAUGCAGUCCGAUAUCCAAGGGUUCACGGAGGAGGAGCAGAACAUCCUGCGGUCCCAGUACAAGGGUGUCGAGCUGGACGUGACCGAGGACGAGAUGGUGCAGAUGAUGGGCGAGGCGGUGGAUGCGCCACCAGCACGACAAGCCGAGAUCAAGGCCGACCCGCGACUGGACGAGAUUGAAGCUCAGCUCCACGGCGUGCGGGAGAAGACGGCCGACAUUGAGGCGGCUGUCAAGGGGGGCCAGUAG